AUGGCGAAAUACGAGUAGAUAUGCCACCUGUUUCCCCGCCUUCCAACCACGCUCCAAGAAUUUUUUCAAAUUGUUAAAGAUACAGGGGUUCAUCUUUCAAUCAGCGGCCAAGCACUACCUACAGUUACACAACAGCGUCCUGAAAGACAACAAAUCCGCGUUCAUACAGAGCAAAAAGGAGAAGCCGAUGAGCGUCCUGAAAGAGAAGAAGAUGAAGAAGUUUUAAAUACACAAGAGGAUUCACGGAGCUCCGAUGAGAAUCCUCGAGGAACAGAAAGCGGACCAACCAAUACAACUGCAACUUUGCCAGAUCAGAUGGAUUUAUUCUGCAACCAGGCUUUGGUCGGGGUGAGAUCUGCGGCCGUUAAUGGACAUGUAAAUUUUUCUAAAGGAAGAAUCUCAUGGAUAUGUAAAAUCGGAAAAGAGAGAGUCCAGUUAAAACUGAAAGGCCAGCACAUAAAAUGUGUAAAGAUUAACCCUCAGUCGCCAUCAAUGAUUAUGAUCCUCCUCAGUGAGGAAGGAAUGAAAAAACUUGAGUCUGUUUGGACAGACGUCGACAGGGCCAAAUAUGUCAUAUUUUUAUUAGGAAGCAUGAAGUUGCAUGAAGUAGAACAUGUAUCAAAAUUGAUCAAUCAAAUGUGUCGCAAGCGGGUGACUCGUUAUUUAAGUGACGAGGAGACGCUAAAAAUGCGAACAGACAUCUUGACUAUGAUGGCCGAAGUCAUUGAGGGCGAGAACAUCCCUGAUGAAUAA